CAGAAAAAUAUCUUUAAGGGCUCUGGAAAAGACCCAUUAAACAAAAAUUCUAAACACUGAACAGAUUAGUGGCAGGAAGAACACUAUUCCUAAGGCCACAUGGCUCUCCAGACAGGAUCUUCUUAGAGACCCUUGAAAACUGGUACACAGCCUGCUCCAAAGGAACAAGGCUCGUUACAGGGUAAAUGCAUGAUGUUGGAUAAUAUUUAACCAUCUUUACUCUCAUUCAUUCAGCAAAUAGGUAGGAUGGACCUAAACGUGCCAGAUAUUCUGCUGUUAACUGUGCCCAAAAGAGUGAACAUAAUAGAUGUACCCUUGCUUUCAUCAAGUUUGUAAAUACCCCCUCUUUCUACCUCCCCAAUAUGCAGUGCCAUAUGGAUCCUGGUUUGACCACACUCAUGGCUGGAUGUCCAUGAGAGGGAAGGAGAACUUCCUGAUACUGAGUUAUGAAGAGCUGAAACGGGACACAAGAAGCGUUGUAGAGAAAAUCCGCCAAUUCCUGGGCAAGAAAUUAGAACCAGAAGAACUGAACUCCGUCCUCAAGAAUAGCUCCUUUCAGGUCAUGAAAGAAAACAACAUGUCCAAUUUUUCCCUCCUGCGUGGUCAGUUUUUAGAUGAGAAGAAUGGAAUACUACUGAGAAAAGGCACUUCCGGGGACUGGAAAAAUCACUUCACGGUGGCCCAAGCUGAAGUCUUUGAUAGAAUAUUCCAGGAGAAGAUGGCAGAUCUUCCUCGAGAGUUGUUCCCAUGGGAAUAGUGUUCAAAAACUUCUACAUCUUACAGCAAUCUUAAUAUUUGUUUCCUGUCCUUGUAUAUGUGUAUGAAUGGAGAUAAUUGCAUAAAACCUGAAUUUCAUCCUGGAGCCUUGAAUUGUCAAAUCCUUGCAUCUUUGAGGACUUGAUUGUUAAGAAUUACUAAGGUACCCUUGAUUCACUUUGUGGCAUACCAGCUUUUAAAAAAUGUUUCUAACAUUUCAAACCUACAGAAUGAUACAGAAAUAAUAUAUUACCCAAAAUUGUGUCAAAAUUUUUUAAUAAAAUUAAGAAGUUAA